AGGAGCAAAAAGAUGAGGAAGGUGGAAAUAAAGCAAAGGUGAAUAACUCGUCGGCUUGGGCUUCUAGUACCGUCCCGAGCAGGACGAGAAGGCCAAUUGUGGCUUCAACCACCCCGUGUCCGCAACAGCAAGUGAAGCUCACGGGCAGGCGAGCUUGGCUGGCACGCUUUCUCAGACCGAGCGCUACCCCUUCCACCGCCGAGUCUGAUGUGCCACGACCUGGUGAAAGAAGCGCGAGGUCGCAAGAUGAAAGCCAAGAGUUGAAGUCCAAGGGCUUACUCGUUGCGAGACAAUCACCAACUUCGCCGGGUGCGACGAGGCAAAACGACCCCGGGUCGGGGCCACCGUCGCCGGCUAGUGCUCCCACGAAAUCGGGGGGCACCAAGAGCAGCGGCAGUCCGGCUCUUGCUAAGAAACAGGCAACCACGUCGCCUGGGAGCUGUAGUAUGAGCAGCAAAGGAAAGCCAAAGGCCAAUGCUGCAGGCGGAAAAACUGCCGACCAAGACCGGCGGGAUCGGAAGCUGGCGCAUCAAGCUUGGGAAGAGUCGCGUGGACUGACACCGUUGCAGCAAGAGGACGUGCAGGAGAGACAUGCUGCAUGGGUAGAGAGGACAGCGAAGAAACACGAGACGAAACGCGAGCAAGGCCUCUUCGAGACACAAAUUGAAACGUUGAAAGCGCAGGACCGGCACAAAAACGGACUUCGGGAACUUGCCGAGCAUGUGCGCGAAGCCUGCGAGACUACAUCAAAGAGAGGGCGGGAGGACCAGAGAGCAAACCUUGAGAAGGAGGACAAGAGUUCUGAUGAAGUGGGGGACAAGUUCAUGUCAAUAGAGAAGGAACGCUCAUCAGCGGCAGCAAGGGCAGCCGCGACGAAAAACGAAGGCAAAAAGGACCAAGCGUCCCCGUCGGGUCCUGACGCGGCAGCUACCACAGCGCCGAAAAAACAAGCGAGCGCUAAACCAAAAGCGAAGGCGCGAAGGUGGUUGCCGCUAGAGUGCGUUAUGAAGGCAGAAGCCGAAGCGGCCGCAGAACCGCACCUGCUGGUUGCGGAGCAAGACGUGUUUCCUCCCGAUGAGCCCAAUCAGCAACUUCCUGCGAGGAAGGCGAGGCUCCACCCGAGGAGCUCGCAUAAUUCUCCAUCCUGUUCCUGGUGGUCUUCGCGGGCGGCGACUCACUCAGCAGUGCAGCCAUCAGAUGAAAACGCAGAUGCUUCUCAGGAUCAUGAUGUCGCAGGUGUUCUUCAGAGGAGCUUAGGGUAUUCGAUUCCGACUAGCGAAGUGCAUGACAGCUCCGCAUCGGCAGUGCACAUGAUCGACAGAAGUGAUGAUCUUCAUGGCGAGCAGUCGACGUUGCCGCCAAAGCGUACAUCAACUUUUCCAGCGGACAAGCAGCCGUUCUUACAGAGAAGCCCUGAGGGCGCCACGGCUGCACACACAAGGCCGGAUUACGAUUUUUUAGAACCGAGUCAACAUGUUGCCAUUCCCCCGGAAUCUGACCAUGCGCCGGCGAUGACUGCACGAGCUCAAGCCAUUGCUGCAGCAAGAAUGUACCCUCUGAAUGGCGCAAAUUCUCACAAACCAGACGAGAUGAGCCUUGCGAGAAGAGAAGCUGCGGCCUACGUCAUGCGAAAAUCGCUGGAACUGCUGAUCCCCGCUGUUUUGAGGCACAGAAUGGAAAUUGCCGCAGAUGACGAUCUUGACAGCGAGUCAGUAGCAGCGAGCAAGAAAAUUGUAUCUCACAUGCAGCACCAGCAAGGUCUCUUAAUAAUUCUGCUGAAAUACUGGGCGGAGCUCCGACCCGACCUAUUCGAGCCUGUUCCGAAUCAGAUUGAUGUUUAUCGUGUACGCAUUCCAAUGGUUCGACUUGCCCAAACCAGUGGACAACAGGAGGGACAACCUUCUGGCCUCGAGCAAGACCUCGCGAGGCACAUCUACCACCACAGGCCCUCCGCUGCCGGAAAACGUUUCCUGACGCUACUUGGAAGCUUGCGUCUUUUUAUUCCUUACUUCAAAGAUGACGCGGCAGGAUGCGAUUACGAAAUAGCUGGUGAUGGCGAUGCUCAGAAUUUUUCGACGAACGAGCUUCAUGCGAAAAUGCAGUGCCUGUCCGAAAAUCUCGAGAGGUUCUUGGAGGCGGAUCUCAUCGAGAGUAACGAACGAGCCCUUCAGCAGGGGAUUGAAAAAAAUACUGAUGAGCAACAUCACGUAGAACGGGAGCCCGCUAGUUUCGAAUUGGAAUCUGACCCCGGGCGCGACCGCAACUACAGUCCACAUUCCGCACAGGAGCUUUCUUCCGUGUCCAUGGCCGCAUUUAGCAAACAAGCGAUGGCGAGGUUCAAGCGUCAAGUACAAGAUACUUUUUUGAGCAUGGAUGUUGACGAAUUAGCUUACGCAGUGUUGGGCGUACAACAUGGUCAAGGCUUCGGCUCGCAGGAGUGGGCGACACCACCUCCUGCCGGUGAUGACGUCAAACGAAGUGAUGACUACUUGCCAGCUACGAAAACCGAAUACGAUGUCGAGGGAGACCACGAACGGACACUGCCAUUCGACGCAGGUACUGGCAGCAAAGCUGCAGGAGCAGAGCCUGACUCCAACAGCAAUUGCAAUAGUCUGGUCAUCGACGGGCCCGGUGCCAUGGACUGCUCUUCUGCAAAUCCGGGCACAUCACCUCCGUCGCUUUUCGAUCUGCUGAUGCCUGGCAAUAGUCGAGGGACAACACCGCAGCACCUGCCAUCCAUCGCGGAAGAGCAAGACGAAGAGGCCGGUCUUUGUUCACCUCCGUCCUUAGCGGCUUUCUACAGCUCCACCACACCAACUACCAAGUUGGACACUUCGCUCGAUUACUUAGUGUCGGUUCCGGUAGAGGUCCAGAUAAACAUUGUUCUCGAGCAGGAGCGCGUUGUGGUUGACCGAAACAUCAUUUCCCGACGUAGCGAGGAUCACAAAGCGGUAGCUGGCGCCUCUCCUGGUGUUCUCGAGCGACGUCAGUUCCACGUCGUGAAAACGACGUUUCCCUAUUACACUGCGUUGGCCGAAAUAUCUGACUGGGCGUUAUCCAGCAGUGACGAAUCGAUACAACAAGAAAUUCACAGGCUCGACGAGGAAUUGGACGAGCACGUCGAAAGAAGCGAAACGAGUUCAAAAGUAGAAUUCGUCUGGCUGAAGCGACGGUGCAGCAAGCCUCGGAAGCGGUGGGUCGCACUACCAGCGGACGUGCCGCGACCUGACCAGAAUCUCGGGGAUCUGACCACCGACCUCUCACAAACGCUCUACUUCGAGAUGGACGUGUAUGUGUAAUGAUAGUUGUGAAGUUCAUGAUGAAAAGAAGUGGAACGACGUACAUAAGUAAGUUUUUUCGAACCUUAGAUAGGUUCGUUCGCAGCUGUGUGCUUGCCUCUACCAACAUGAGCAUUUUUUUUUUGUCCACGUCGACCUGCCGUGCGUGUACCAAAAUUACCCGGAUCUUUUUUCCUUGUCAAUCAAUCUUUGACCAUUGGCAUUGCAGGUAGUUAGUGGUUGUGGUCGAAGUCGAGACAUUUCAAAACAUGAAAACAUUUUAUCAGUUUUAUCUCGGCACGGCAACAUCCCUGCAGAAAUAUAGUUUCUUCGAAAAUCAUAUCUUGGCACCCCUAUAAUUGCAUACAGAAGAAGAUAGGUUACAGCAUAAAUCUGCACGCCCGGCAUAACCUCAAUCGCAUACCACGGAGAUAGACCAGUGACUAAGGAAAUAUUCGUCCCGCUCCCAUCUGGAGUAUCAGUGUCAUGCAUACCGUACUGGUUUGCACUUCGCCGGAAGAAGUCCCAUAGAAGCUCGAUACUCUCCAAAGAAAAGCAUGCAACGAUCGAUCAAUUAAUCAUAGCGACGAGCAACAACCAUAUAAUUUGUGAUGUUGGGCGCUUGGUUUUGCUUUUGGCUUUCAACGUCUCUCAGGGUCGAGCAGUUUGCCCACAACUUUGCAGCUACAGCACAAACAACAAACGAGACGACCAUUGCCGUAAAACAGUCAUGGAGUGGUCGUUCUCGUUUUGCGUCACACCAAGAACGACCCCGUCGUUAAUCCCCGAGGUUGUGCUUGAUUCCACCGCAGCCGAGUAUCUACACAACUUCAACUUGCCUGUGGAUCUCUCAUGCAUGUAGCUUUUUAUUUU